ACCCCCAUCAGUGGACGAUACCCUAGGAGCGUUGCCGAUAACACGACACAGUUGUUUCCCAAGUCCUUCAUUUACGUGUCUAGUCUAAAUGUCGGAAGUUAAGGUUGGAAUUAUUGGAGGUUCUGGAUUCGACGAUCCAGAUUUAUUACAAGAAGCAAAAGUGCGAACAGUAACUACUCCAUUCGGAAAUCCAUCAAGUUUUGUUACUGAAGGUUUUGUUGAAGGCGUCCCGUGUGUUGUGCUUCCCAGGCAUGGAAAGGAACAUUUACUUCCGCCAAGUGAGAUCAAUUAUCGGGCCAACAUUUGGGCGUUAAAAGAACUUGGGUGUACUCACAUAUUAGCCACUAACGCUUGUGGUAGUCUUCAGAAAGACAAAAAACCUGGUGAUUUCGUUGUUCUUAACCAGUUUUACGAUAAUACUCGAAAUCGAGAGCUUACGUUUUAUGGAAGUGGGCCUGGUUCACUGAAAGGAGUCUUACAUAUGCCGAUGGCAGACCCAUUUUGUGAAGAAACACGUCAGGUUCUAAUCAAAGCAGCUAAAAAUCUAUCAUUGACUAUUCGUGAUAAAACGUGUAGUUCGGAUACAAUUAGCAAUCAUCCGUGUGUACAUACUGAAGGUUCUGUAAUUACGAUUAAUGGUCCACGUUUCUCAACUCGUUGCGAAUCAUUGUUAUUCCAAAAAUGGGGUUUCGAUUUGAUCAAUAUGACAUUAGUUCCUGAAGUUUCUUUAGCUCGUGAAGUUGGCUUAAGUUAUGCUUCUAUAGCAAUUGUUACAGAUUUUGAUUGUUGGAAAGCAGAUGAGGAACACGUCUGUAUUGACAUGGUCUUGGAACAGUUUAAUAAAAGUGUUGGUCAAGUUAGAAAAACUCUUAUUAGAAGCUGUGAGAUUGAUUGGUGCUCGUGACUGGACAAAAACUAUUGAAGCAAAUGAGGCGCUAGUGUUGAGCUCACGUCAAGACUUACUUCAUCAAGAAAGUAAGGGCAAAUAAAUAUGGGGUUAAUUGGAAUUUACUGUCUGUGUAUUCAGUUACAUGAAUAAACAAAGUUCAGUCUACUCUUUUUCAAUUGAAGAAUUCAAAGGACGCUCUUUAUAUUUGUCUCCCUUUUGUUUCGAAUUAAUUUAUUUAGCCAAUAACAAUUCUAAAAUUUUUCAUGAAAAGUACUUUAAAAUUUUAGUCAUUUGUUCUGUGACCUAAUAAUAAUAUUUAAUUAAAAAAUAAAAUUAGUAAACACUUUU